AUGCGCCGGCGAAAGUCCUUGAGGAUCGGCGUUCACCACGUCAACGCGGUCGUAUGGGAACCAGUGUAUAGAACGCGCCUGAUUGGCGAAAUCUUCGCGCUCUUCGUCGUCGUCGUCGUCUUCGCGUUCUUCGCGUUCUUCGCGUUCGCGUCGCAGCAGAGCCUCCGCGUCCGCGAGCGCGCGCGCCGUGGCCGCGCGCCGGUCGUCGUCCACGUCGACGGUCUUGAGCGACACGUGGACGUUCUUGAACGCGUCCGCGAGUCCCGGGCGCGAGAGUCGACGCGCGGCGGCGGGCGAGACGUGAGGGUGGUGGUGGUGACGUUGAGGGCCGUUCUAUACGAGCGAUGA